AUGUCAGCGUUUGGAGGUAAUUCAAACAUGAGUAACUCCAAUCUGGAUCCACCUAGGAAUAAUCAGAAGCAUGCCAACGGAUAUGGAGAUCCUAGGAGGAAUGGCAACAUAAUGACCAAAAAGAAAUAUACAAAACCCAACGGACCAUUCAAUAAUAAUGGUAAUGUAAAUAAUAAUACUAAUAACAAGAGAAUGGGUAGCAACCAAGAUAAAAAGAGAAACAAUGCAUAUAUUCAUAAUAAGAAAGGAGGAAAUAGAGUAGCUUCAAAUAAACAAGAAUCGAACUCUUUGACUCAAUCUGAUCCAUUAGAUAUACCGAUGAAGGUAAUUCCUCGCCAAAAACCAGAUAUGGUUCAGCAAUAUACGCCUGGUGAGAUUAAUUCAACUGGUGGCUUGAUUCUCAAUCCAGAGCAGUUUGGUUUUCAACGAAAUCACAAGACCAUAUCACCACGUCCUAUUCCCAAGUAUCUUCUACAUCAACCACGGUUAUUAGUAACGCCCAUUUUUUCACAGGAUGCAUGGGACAAGCAAAAUCAGGCGAAGAUGCUCUCGAUGGAAGAGCAAAAUAGCGGUACUGAUUAUCAAGGUUUAUAUGAAGAGUUUCAGAGAAUGAGAGAAACAGAAAGAAAACAGAUGGAGACCUUAGGAUUAGUUGAUGCAGAAAAUAUCAGUAAAGAUUUAACUGAUGCUAUUUCCUUUCAAGGUUCAUGCUUGGACAUGUGCCCGAUUUUUGAAAGAGUAAGAAGAGCUUUAGAGAAAAACGUUAAGGCUUUAGAAAAAGAUCCCAAUACUAAUAAAAUUUCAAGGACCAGAGCAAUUAAAGCUUUUUCAAGGCCUGCUGCUGGCCAGCCUCCACCAUUACCUUCUGAGGUUAGACCACCGCAUAUAUUAAAACAGACACUAGAUUAUUUAAUUGAAAAUAUCGUACCACAAUUACCGGAGGCCCACUCAUUUGUUUGGGAUAGAACAAGAUCUAUUAGACAAGAUUUCACAUAUCAAAAUUUCUUUGGUCCUGAGGCAAUUGAUUGUAACGAAAGAAUUGUCAGGAUUCACUUAGUUUCAUUGCAUAUUAUGGCUGGCAGUGAUGUCGAAUAUUCACAGCAACAAGAAUUGGAACAAUUUAAUAAGGCAUUACAAACAUUGGUUGAAAUAUACCAAGAUGUCAGAAAUCAUGGGGGGAGGGCCCCUAACGAAGCAGAGUUUAGAUCGUAUUAUUUAUUAAGUCAUUUAAGGGACCCUGAAUUAGAACGAGAGAUUCAAGAAUUACCUAGCGAUAUAUUGGAGAAUAGACAAGUCCAAUUGGCGUUAAUGUUUAGGAAUAUGGUAUCUCAAAAUAAUAUAGUUGAAAGAGGAUAUAAUAAUUCUAUUGGAGCAUUGAAUUUAUUCCUGGAAUUUUUUAAAAUUGUUUACAGUCAUGAGACACCAUUUCUUAUGUCAUGCUUACUAGAAACUCAAUUCAAUGAAAUUAGAUUCUAUGCAUUAAAGUCGAUGUCUAGAUGUUACCAUACCAGGGGUAAAGCCUAUUCGGCUGAAUCGUUACAGAACUUUUUAGGUUUUGAUUCUUUAGAGAAAUUAAUCAAAUUUGUGCAGUAUUAUGAAAUUGACAUAUUAUACGAUAAUGGGAUUGCGUUGGUAGAUUUAUUUAAUAAAGAUAAAUUGGAAACUAAGUAUAAGUUGAAUUCUGUUCAUGAAAAACCUAAGCUAGCACCGCCAUAUUCCACUCAAAUUGAUUUGAAUAUCCAAGGCAAAAGUUUAAUUUCAUUUAUUAACUGUGGUGAAUCACCGUAUAAUUUGGGGCUUAAACAACCAGAACAAUUGAAAGUUAUUGAAUUACCAAACGUAAAUGAUCCAAUACCAAAGAAACCUAUUCAGCCCAAUUUAACCGGGUCUGCUUCCAACAAUAAUCAGUUUGCUAGCAUGGAUAAAGACCCAAAAUCGUUAUCGUUAACCGAUUUCUUAAGCUCGUCGUCAAACAAUAAUAAUGUGAACAAACCUGUGUUUCUGCAAACUUCUAAUGUUCAAGCGAAAACUGAACCGUUGCCCAAGGAUUUCGCAGCACCUCAAAUCUCGUUUGGCACGAAUAAUAACCAAAUCUCUGAUAUGAACGUUAAGCCUUCAUUUGUAUUCAAUGCCCCAAAUACUAAACCUGAACAGAUACAGCAAACUCCUUCACCGUCUGCAUUUACUUUUGGCUCAUCCGCGAGCUCAAAAGCUUUACCAUCAUCUAACAAUAAAUUCACUAAUUCUUUUGCAUUUAACAAGGACAUUUCAUCAGGAACCACCCCUAAUUUCGGUGGAAAUAAUACUCCACAAAUAAUUGAAACCAAGACAAUAACUAAGCCUAUAAUUCCAAAGGUAACGGAAACUCCUGUUACUUCAAUUACCCCAAUACCAAUUAAAACUUCCAAGCCUAUGCCUAAAAGGCUUGUUGAUUCACCGCAGUUCCCUCGUGCAUUAAACGAGGUGUAUUUUGAAAUUCUACAAAAUACAAUUAAUUCCGAACUUCAUAGAUUAUUGCCCAAAUUGAUUAGAGCUGAAAAUUCUUGUCAAGAACGUACUAAAGUAAUUAAAUCAUUAAGUAAUGAAUUAUAUCAAGCAUUUAUGUCGGAGAUUAUCUAUAAAACUACAUUGGAAGUUAAAGCAGACAGUUUUCAAAGAACUUCGCUUAAAUUAAAAACUAUAAAAAAAUUGAUAAAAAUAGGAUCUAGUCUCAAAACAAAACAUGAGUUGAAGCGUAAAAAAAUCGAUGAAUUACAUGAAACUACAUUCAACAAUCUCAGUAAAAAGAGAAAAUCUUCCAGUACGAGCUUGAAAUCGUUGACGUCGUCUUCGUCGAGUAAGAAAAGACACGUAUGGGAUGGAGAUGUCAGUGUUGAUUAUAUAGAUGAAAAGCAAAAUGAAAUAAGGCAACUCUGGAAGCCUAUUGAUUUAAAACAGUUCAUUGAACGUUGUUCCAGAAAUUUGAAGAUGAGCAUCGAAAUGAAAGAAAUUGAACUCAAAUUCUUACUAAUAGUCGAAGAUUGGUCAUCGCCGUAUUCGAAAUGGUUAAACACUAAAUUAUCGUUGAAAAUAAAUAAAGAAAAAUUGAUAUAUGAAAACAUUGUUACAAAUAACAAAUUGGUAAUUAAUUUUACUAGUUUACCGAAUAAUGAUUACUUGAAUAAAGAUUUCUUUACAAAUACAUCUUUUGUAUUGUUUGAGUGUGGUUUUGUCAAUGAAUCUCAAGUUACGAAAUUUGGUACAAUUCAAGAUAAGUUAAAGAGAGAUCAGCAUGUGAUUAACAAGAUUAUAAGUUUGGGUAACAAGUAUAGUUAUUAUAAGAUGCAGAUUUUAGUUGUAUUUUGGGACAUAGAACAAUCUAAAUUAACUUCAGACGAAGUGUCCGAUAUAUUGAAUAUCUCAACACACCUUAAGAAUGAAAGCGUUUUCGAUAUAACCUUAUGUGACAUGACAGCAAACGAAACAAGUAUAAAUGAAGUUUUGCUUAAUGCGUUUUCAAAAUGUAGUUCCAACUUCAAAGGCGAACUCACUAAAAGGGGACUCAGAAAGAAGGAACGGAUUACUAAGGUCAAGGAUGCUAAUCAUCCCCAGUCACUUGUAAAGAAAAAGAACAUCACGGACGACACUUUCAGAGCAGCGGAAAAUGAAGCUUUGAACAAGGCAAAAUUGAGUAAAAAAUAUCAAUAUUUAUCUAAGCAUCUAGGAUCAAACACCUCGCUCACCAAUUCAUCUAAUAACUCAAAUAGCACAUUCAUGACUGCUAACAACAUUACGAUUCCGAACCUAGCAUACCCUAUGAAUUCUACAUUCUUAAAUUUGAACACCACUGGCAAUAACACAACCAUGAACAAUGGUAAUGAGUCAAUAUUGACCGGCUUCGGUAAUGGGGUUCUACAGGAGAGCACCCCGUUCAGUUCUCCUAAGGCAAAACCUUUUACCGAGCCAAAUGUACAAAAUAUUCCUAGGAAGCUCCAGCAAUUGCGUGAUUUAACAGCAGGAAUCAAGGCAAGGUAUAAAAAGAAAUAA